AUGGGGUUUGCGCGGUGUGAUGGGCCUAUAUGGGGGAUUGAUGACUUCAGCGUCUGCUUCCGGCAAGACUAUCUGCAGAUUCUCCUCCCUCUGAUCGCCCUCGUAUUUUCCGUCGCAUUUUUUGCUUUGUCCACCAUUUUACGCCUUUGGAGCUCCUGGUCCAAAUCCAAAGCCAGGUAUCAACAGCUUUCCGCCGAGGACCGCCGCCAUAGCCACACCGAUCUACCUCCGGAAGAGGUUGACGAUUCUGAUGACGAUGACGCCCUCGAGAUCAACGGAGGUCGCCUGGCCCUUGUCAAAACUACCACCCGUGGUUCUAUAGUCCAAUCCGACACCCCAACUGGACAAUUGGUGUCGCAAAUCAUUGAAGAAUUUGCUGUCGCCGGUCUCAUUGCUGUAAAUGUUAUCCAGCUCUCCACUGGUAGCAAAGGACGUCAUAGUCAUGCUGCUGCGAUUACCGGUCUUGUUGUUUGGGUUUACGUGUUUGUCCUUUCGACUUUGCGACUCGUUCUUGGUGUCAUGCAAUGGCGAGGCCCGCAUCUUUGGAACCACACUGCUUUCCUUUACAGCUUCAACUGGGUUAUCUCGAUCUUCCUCUUCCGUUCUGCUUUCCUCCAAGAGGGCAUCAGUCGCAUCGACCAGAUUACAACAUUUGUGGAGUUUGGGCUUAUCACCCUCCUCUUUGGAAUGGCAAUGACCACUAGGAAGGGCAACAAGACAGUUCGCCUGGAAUGGGAGGAUGGCAUUGAACCGUCGCGCGAGCCGCUAGCCAGUCUGUUCUCUCUCGCCGUGUUUGGCUGGGUUGAUGCGAUCGUCUGGAAGGGCUGGAAGGCCCCAAUGGAGAUGGAGACUGUCUGGAACUUGCUACCCAAGGACAAGGCCGCUGCUGUCAUUGCCGACUACCGUCAGAUGAAGCGAACCGGAUCUCUUGCCAUGCAUCUACUCAAGUACUUCAGGAGGGAUCUGCUCAUUCAAUGCGCUCUCGCUGUCCUUGCUGGUCUAUUCACGUUUGCGCCUACCCUUCUUCUCAAGGUUAUUCUUGAGUUCGUCGAAAACUACGGUACCAGGUCGGAUGAAAACAGACCGAUUAAUGUCCUCUGGCUUUAUGUCAUUGGCCUACCGGUAGUCGACCUUAUACGUUCAUAUGCCGACAAUCAAGCUCUCUGGAUUGGUCGAAAGAUCUGUAUCCGAGUCCGAGCCCUCAUUAUUGGUGAUAUUUAUGCCAAGGCUCUUCGUCGCAAGGCUGCUGCAGGCAAGGACAAAGUGUUGCUUGAAGACAAGGCCAAGCCCGCAAAAGAUGGCGAGGCACAGGAUGGAUUUAUGGACAAGAUCAAGCGGGCACUGAGCAUGAAGAAGGAUGAUAAGAAGGCCUCGCCCAAUGACGCCGAAUCUGCUAGUGAACCCAUCAAGGACGACAAGGACGAUUCUGGUGACGAGCAAGCCAAUCUGGGAACCAUCAUCAACCUCAUGUCCAUCGACAGUUUCAAAAUUUCCGAAGUCACCGCCUAUCUGCACUUUCUGUGUGCCUCUGCGCCCACACAGCUAAUUGUAGCCAUCAUUCUGCUCUGGCAGGUCAUGGGGUAUAGUGCUAUCCCUGGAAUUGUCGUCAUGAUCUUUCUCUUGCCAAUCAACUACGGUCUUGCUCGCGGUUUCACCAUCACUUCUAAGAGAAUUCUUGCAGCAACCGACAAGCGUACUAAUGUUACCAACGAGGUCUUGCAAAACAUUCGCAUCAUCAAGUACUUUGCUUGGGAGCAACGCUUUGGCCGCAUUAUUGAUGAGAAGCGCCAGGCUGAGCUCAAGGCCCUGCGCUCGCGAUUCAUGGUUUGGGCAUUGGCUGUGGCUAUCUGGAACUCUGUCCCCGUUCUUAUCACGUUCUUUUCGUUCCUUGUCUACACAUACAUUGAGCAGAAGCCUUUGAAGCCAUCCAUUGCCUUCACAGCCAUCUCCCUCUUUAUGCUCCUUCGUGUUCCACUGGACCAGUUCGGUGACAUGUUCGCGCACGUCCAAGAAACCAAGGUUUCUAUUGACCGUGUUGAGGAGUUCCUCAUGGAAGAAGAGACUGACAAGUAUGUUCAGCUUGGCUUGGAUAACGUGGACGGUGACGGUGUCAGGCGAAUCGGCUUCCAGAAAGCUACUCUUACUUGGGGCAGCAAGGAUAUCGUUGCCGAUGCUAGUUCUCGUGCUUUCCGACUGAUGGACCUGGACAUCGACUUCAAGAUCGGCAAAUUAAACAUUAUUGCAGGACCUACAGGCUCUGGAAAGACAUCCAUGUUGAUGGGUCUUCUCGGUGAGAUGACUCUGCUUGAAGGAGGCGUCUAUUGUCCUGGUGGUCGUAGCCGAGAAGAUGUGCACCCCGAUCCUGAGACAGGUCUUGCUAACACGAUUGCAUACGUCGCACAAUCCGCGUGGUUGGUCAAUGCGGACAUUCGCCAGAACAUUCUCUUCUCCUCACCAUUUGACGAACAACGAUAUCGCAAUGUCAUUGUGGCUUGUGCCCUCGAGCGCGAUCUUCAGAUCCUGGAUAAUGGCGACGAAACCCUCGUCGGUGAAAAGGGUAUUACACUCUCUGGUGGCCAGAAGCAACGCAUUUCUCUUGCCCGUGCACUGUAUUCCAACUCGGCUCAUCUACUUCUUGACGACUGCUUGAGUGCUGUUGAUUCGCAUACUGCUCAAUGGAUUUUCAGCAACUGUAUUCGAGGACCUCUCAUGAGAAACCGCACUUGUGUUCUUGUCACACACAACACGACACUUUGCGUUCCUUCUUCAGAUUAUGUGGUUUUGCUGGAUAAUGGUCGAGUUGAAAUCCAAGGACCUUCAACAGAGGUGAUUGCUUCUGGAAAGCUCGGCGAGGAGAUCCAGAAAAUUCAUCCCGGCUCUGCCAACCCUUCUCGCAUUCCCUCUCGUGUUCCUUCAAGCGUCGGCGAUGAUGAAACUACUGUUAACGGCCAAGGUGAUGCCCUCGAUGGUGUGGAUAGCUCCAAGAAAGAUAACCAGGCCAAACCGAAGAAGGAUGCUAUGGAAGAGACCAAGGCCACUGGAUCAGUCAAGUGGCCAGUUCUCAAGAUUUAUCUUCGGUCCAUGGGACCUUGGUGGUUCUGGGUUGUUGCACUCUUUGUUUUUGUUGCCCAGCAGGUUUCCGGCUUGGCCACCAACCUAUGGGUUCGAGAAUGGGCAAACCAAUACGUUGAACAAGGAGGUCCUAUCGGUAUGGAGGUCAAGUCGAACGCUUACUCUACCACACAAUUCUCAACAGUCAGCUUUGCCAACGCUGUUCGAUUGGGCUCUACAGAUGAUGACCCUGAGCCUCUCAACGGAGCUGUUUUUAUGCAAAACGGAAACCACGGCGUCAAUGCUAUGUAUUAUCUAACCGUCCUCGCUGCCAUCGGAAUUGCAGGUGCCCUUGCAGCUCUGUUUAGAGAUCUGUGGGUCUUCUUGGGUUCGUUGACGGCUUCGAAGCAAAUUCACGAUCGACUUAUAGCAUCUGUGACACGAGCCAAGUUCAAGUUCUUCGAUGUUACGCCGCUCGGUCAGUUGAUGAACCGUUUCAGCAAGGAUUUGGAGGCUGUUGAUCAGGAGAUUGCGCCCGUCGCGAUUGGUGUGAUUAGCUGUGGCAUUUCUCUUUUGAUGACUGUUGGCCUCAUUACAUACAUCACUCCCAAGUUCCUCUACGCCGCCGCUGGUAUUUCUGUUCUGUUCUACCUCAUCGCUGCCUUUUACCUGCGUGCCUCGCGCGACCUGAAGCGUCUUGAAGCAGUCCAGCGCAGUCCCUUGUUCCAGCAAUUCGGUGAAACCUUGAGCGGCAUGACGACCAUUCGAGCCUACGGCGACGAGCGACGGUUCAUCCGGGACAACCUGGAGAAGAUUAACACCCAGAGUCGACCCUUCAUCUACCUGUGGGCCUGCAAUAGAUGGUUGGCGUUCAGGGCUGAUCUUGUGGGAGACCUCGUGGCUUUCUUCGCUGGCAUGUUCCUCAUUCUCAACCUCGGUAAGACUGAUGCGGGUGCGGCGGGUAUUUCUCUGAGUUACGCGUUGAGCUUCACCGAGAGUGUGUUGUGGCUUGUACGACUUUACGCAAUCAACGAACAGAACAUGAACUCGAUGGAACGUAUCAAGGAGUAUCUGGAUGUCGAGCAGGAAGCGGAUGCCGUCAUCGAGGACAGCCGACCACCAGCAAACUGGCCUCAGAAGGGAUCGGUUGAGUUUGUGAACUACACAACAAGCUAUCGCAAGGAACUUAACCCCGUCUUGGAGAACAUCACACUCAAGAUUGAGUCGCAAGAGAAGGUUGGCAUUGUGGGAAGAACAGGUGCAGGCAAGAGUUCGCUGGCUCUGGCAAUCUUCCGGGCGCUUGAGGCAGACAAGGGCAAGAUUCUCAUUGAUGGGUUAGAGAUUGGCACCAUUGGUCUUCAGGAUCUGCGAGAGAACAUCACCAUUGUGCCUCAAGAUCCCACACUAUUCCACGGCACAAUUCGAAGCAACCUGGAUCCAUUCGAUCAAUACACAGAUGAGCAGAUUUUUGGGGCACUUCGAAGGGUGCAACUCAUCGGCCCCGAUGAACCUUCAACAUCACCACCUACGCCCAUGCAAACCCCCGGUUCACCUAACUCGCCGACCGCAAUGACCAACAAGAAUAUCUUCCUGAACCUCCAGUCGACUGUAGCAGCUUCGGGCACAAAUCUGUCUCAAGGACAGCGUCAACUCUUGUGUCUAGGCCGAGCUAUGCUCAAGGCACCCACGGUGUUGGUCAUGGACGAGGCUACCGCAUCCAUCGACUACGCCACCGACUCAAAGAUCCAGGAGACUAUUCGAGAACUUACUGGUACCGUCAUCACAAUUGCCCAUCGAUUGGCUACCAUUGUGGAUUACGACAAGGUGCUGGUCCUUGAUAAGGGCCAGGUGGUGGAGUAUGCUCACCCGUGGGAACUCAUCAACAAGAAAGAGGGCACAUUUCGCAGCAUGUGUGACAUGUCGGGCGAACUGGAUGUGCUCCUCAAAGCAGCUAAGAAGAAGUGGGAUUCUGGACGUCUAGUAGAUGACUCAUAG